GUCUGCUACACAAAGACAACACAUUCAAUUAGUGAGGCAAUGAAGGGACAGCUCAGCUAAGCUUCAUUGCUUAUAACAAAGUUCCCAGAGGUUUUGGAGAGAACUAGAAAUGGCAGCCAUGUUUUUCAAGCUUGUAAUACUCAUACAAGCAACCCUAGCAGCAGCUCAAAAUGUUAGCUUCAUCUACAAGGGUUUCAAGUCAGGAAAUCUUAGCUUAGACGGUGUAGCCCAGUUCACACCCAACGGUCUUUUGAUGGUUACAAAUGACUCUCAAGAGAUAAGGGGCCAUGCCUUCUACCCUAACCCAGUCACCUUCAAGAAUUCAUAUUCUGAUACCCAUGCUUUCUCAUUUUCUACAACAUUUGUGUUCGCUAUCAGACCGGUGCUUACAACUGGUCAUGGAAUGGCCUUCGUCAUUGCUCCAAAAAUAGGGAUUCCCCAAGCUGGAAACGGCCCUUUCCUAGGCCUUUUCAGUUCAACCAACAAUCGCAAUGUCACCAAUCAUAUUUUUGCUGUAGAGCUAGACACUACCAAGGAGAUCGAGUUCAAUGACAUCGAUAACAACCAUGUAGGAAUUGACAUUAAUAGUUUGAACUCUGUGAAAUCUUCUACCGCAGGAUACUAUGCUGAAAACAAUCGUGGGUUUCGGAACUUGUCCCUCACCAGUGGUCAAGCAAUGCAAGUUUGGGUGGAAUAUGAUGGUACCAAGAAGCAAAUCAAUGUCACGUUGGGUCCAGUCGGUGCUGGUAAACCCCAUGCUCCACUUUUAUCUCUGAACCAUGACCUUUCCCCAAUCCUACAAAAAACCAUGUACGUUGGCUUCUCAUCCUCCACCGGUUCUUUUCCUACGUCUCAUUAUGUUUUGGGCUGGAGCUUUAAAAUGAAUGGGCAAGCUCAAGAACUUGUUCACUCACACCUUCCCCACCUGCCUCAGAUAGGAUGUAAACAAGUAUCUAAACUUUUAACCAUCGGUGUGCCUGUGAUGUCUGUGAGUUUGGUUUUGCUAGCAAUUGUUGGCAUUAUUUAUGCCAUAAGAUGGAAGAGGAAGUUUGCAGAGCUGCUUGAAGAUUGGGAGCUUGAGUAUGGACCUCAAAGGUUUAAAUAUAGAGAAUUAUAUGUUGCUACAAAAGGGUUCAAGGAAAAGGAACUUUUGGGAAGGGGGGGGUUUGGUAAGGUUUAUAGAGGCAUAUUACCUGCCUCUAAAACUGAGGUCGCAGUGAAGAAGGUCUCACAUGAAUCAAGACAAGGGAUGAAGGAGUUUGUGGCAGAAGUUGUGAGCAUUGGCCGCCUCCGUCACAGAAAUUUAGUACCACUUUUGGGAUAUUGUAGAAGAAAAGGAGAGCUUCUUCUGGUCUAUGACUACAUGCCUAACGGAAGCCUAGACAAGUACCUCUACGACCAACCAGCGGCCACUCUUAAUUGGAGCCAAAGGUUUAAAGUCAUCAGAGGUGUGGCUUCUGGGUUGUUAUAUCUUCAUGAAGAAUGGGAGCAAGUUGUGGUUCAUAGAGACAUCAAGGCAAGUAAUGUAUUACUAGACGGGGAACUGAAUGCUAGGCUAGGAGAUUUUGGCCUUGCAAGAUUAUAUGAUCAUGGAACAGACCCUCAAACUACUCAUAUUGUAGGAACACUUGGGUAUCUAGCUCCAGAGCAUACAAGAUUAGGCCGGGCCACAACACACACCGAUGUGUUCGCUUUCGGGGCAUUCUUGCUUGAAGUUGCCUGUGGAAGAAGGCCAAUAGAGCUAAAAGGUCCAGCGCAUGAUGUGAUUUUGGUCGACUGGGUGUUUUCUUGUUGGAAGAAAAACAAUAUUCUUGAGGCAAGAGAUCAAAAGUUAAGCACGGAAUUCGUAGCUGAAGAAGUGGAACUGGUGUUGAAGCUUGGGUUGUUAUGCUCUCAUUCAAAUCCUUCAGAUAGGCCAAGCAUGCGCCAAGUUGUGCAGUAUUUGGAUCGUGACAUUCCGUUGCCGGAGUUGUCAGUUCAUGCGCAUUCUUCCAGUGGCUUACUGUUUGCGCCCCAUGAAGAUUUUGAUGAUUCUGCAAUGUCAUAUCAGUCUUCUUCGAGGACGGGGUUUUCUUCUGUUGCGUCGACACUUCUCUCAGGCGGUCGCUGACUGCUCUAAGCAAUUAGGAUUCUGUUGCAAACUGGUAUUCACAUAAAAUAAACGGUGCAAACAAUAUGUCUGUAAUGCUUUUUCUUGUUAGCAUGUCAAUGUAAUAUAUGUUCAUCUACUGGUUUGCAAUAUAGACCUAGCUAUUUGCUUGUUA